CCGUUGCGACGGCUAACGGUCUCUCCGCUCGUUCCGAUCGACGCCGGGACCGUCGGGAGGGCGCCGGGAGCCGAGAUGGCGGCCCCGGAGCCCGGCCUCGGUGGCUACGGGCGGAGCGAGGCGGGGCCCCGCGGGGAGAGGGAGAAGCAGCCGCCGCAGCAGGCGGCCGGCGGCCAGGGCUCGACCCGCAGGAGUAUGGUUUCCUCGCCGCCGCCCCCACCGCUCUGCCUGAGGCGCCGAGUGAAGCUCCUGCCUGGACCUGAGGAAACCGUGCAGAGCCGGGUAACCCUGGAGAAAGUACUGGGCAUUACAGCCCAAAACAGCAGCGGCUUAACAUGUGACCCGAACACAGGCCACAUCGCCUACUUGGCUGGCUGUGUGGUGGUGAUCUUAGACCCCAAGAAGAGUAAGCAGCAGCACAUCUUCAACACUGCCAGGAAAGCCCUGAGCGCCCUUUCCUUCUCUCCUGAUGGCAGAUACAUUGUGACUGGCGAGAACGGGCACCGGCCGGCUGUUCGGAUCUGGGACGUGGAGGAGAAGAGCCAGGUGGCGGAGAUGCUGGGCCACAAGUACGGGGUGGCGUGUGUGGCCUUCUCGCCGAACAUGAAGCACAUCGUGUCCAUGGGCUACCAGCACGACAUGGUGGUCAACGUCUGGGACUGGAAGAAGGACAGUGUGGUCGCCUCCAACAAGGUGUCGUGCAAGGUCAUCGCCAUCUCGUUUUCUGAGGACAGCAGCUACUUUGUGACUGUGGGCCACCGGCACGUCAAGUUCUGGUUCUUGGAGGUGUCCAAGGAAGUAAAGGUGACUGGCACGGUGCCCCUGGUGGGGCGCUCGGGCAUCCUGGGAGAGCUACACAACAAUGUCUUCUGUGGCGUGGCCUGUGGGAGGGGCAGGAUGGCGGGCAACACCUUCUGUGUGUCCUACUCUGGUCUCCUCUGCCAGUUUAAUGAGAAGAGAGUCCUGGAAAAGUGGAUCAACUUAAAGGUCUCCCUUUCAUCUUGCCUGUGUGUCAGUGAGGAUCUCAUCUUCUGCGGCUGCACUGAUGGGACGGUCCGCAUCUUCCAGGCACAUGACAUGCAUUAUGUGACCAACUUACCCAAGCCCCACUACCUGGGAGUGGAUGUGGCCCAAGGCCUGGAUCCCAGCUUCCUCUUCAGUAGGAAGGCCCAGUCGGUCUACCCGGACACGGUGGCUCUGGCCUUUGACCCCCACCACCACUGGCUCUCUUGCGUGUACAAGGACCACAGCAUCUAUGUUUGGGACAUCCUUGACCUAACUAAAGUGGGCAAAGUGUGGUCUGAUCUUUUCCACAGUUCCUACGUCUGGAAUGUCGAGGUCUACCCAGAGUUCGAAGACCAGAGAGCCUGUCUGCCCUCCGGAUCCUUUCUGACCUGCUCCUCAGACAACACCAUCCGCUUCUGGAACAUGGAGAGCUGCCCGACUUCCGGCCGGCCCAAGAACGUUUUCAGUAACAACCUGCUAAAGGUGGUAUAUGUAGAAAAUGACAUCCAGCACCUGCAAGACAUAUCCCAUUUCCCAGACCGGGGGAAUGAGAACGGGACUCCUGUGGACAUGAAGUCAGGAGUGCGGGUCAUGCAGGUCAGUCCUGAUGGUCAGCACUUGGCCUCAGGCGACCGCAGUGGAAAUCUGAGGAUUCAUGAGCUCAGGUUCAUGGAUGAGCUGAUUAAAGUGGAAGCCCAUGACGCAGAAGUUUUGUGUCUGGAAUAUUCCAAGCCUGAAACUGGGGUGACAUUGCUGGCCUCUGCCAGUCGGGACCGGCUCAUCCACGUGCUCAAUGUGGACAAGAAUUAUAACUUGGAACAAACCCUGGAUGACCAUUCCUCCUCAAUCACAGCCAUCAAAUUUGCAGGGAACAGAGACAUCCAGAUGAUCAGCUGUGGAGCUGACAAAAGCAUCUACUUCCGCAGCGCCCAAAAGGUUUCCGAUGGCCUUCAUUUUGUACGCACCCAUCACGUGGCAGAGAAAACUACCUUGUAUGACAUGGACAUCGAUAUCACCCAGAAGUACGUGGCUGUGGCCUGUCAGGACAGGAAUGUGAGAGUCUACAACACGGUCAAUGGCAAACAGAAGAAAUGCUACAAGGGCUCUCAGGGGGACGAUGGCUCUUUGCUGAAGGUGCAUGUUGACCCUUCGGGCACCUUCCUAGCCACCAGUUGCUCUGACAAGAGCAUCUCGGUGAUUGACUUCUAUUCUGGAGAGUGCAUUGCCAAGAUGUUUGGACAUUCAGAAAUUGUCACAGGCAUGAAGUUUACUUAUGACUGUCGCCACCUGAUCACUGUGUCUGGAGACAGUUGUGUCUUUAUCUGGCAGCUGGGCCCAGAGAUCACCAGCUGCAUGAAGCAGCACCUGAUGGAGAUUGAUCACAUUGAGCAGCAGAAGAAGCUCAAAGAGAGAAAGUGGACCAGCCAGCUGAGGCGGGAAACUUACAUGUCUGUGCCCAGUGGGACUUGUUCCCUGAGCCCUGGAGAGCAGACGGAAGAUGAACUGGAAGAGGAGUGUGAGCCAGAGGAGCUGCUGAAGACCCCCACCAAAGACAGCUUUGAGACAGAUCCCCGAUGUCUGCUGACCAAUGGCAAGCUUCCCCUCUGGGCUAAGCGGUUGCUGGGGGAUGAGGACGUGGAUGGGGCCACGUUCCAUGCCAAGCGGAGCUACCAGCCCCACGGCCGCUGGGCUGAGCGCGCUGACAGGGAGCCCAUCAAAACCAUUCUGGAUGCCCGGGACCUGAAUUACUAUUUCAGCCCCGUGAACCCCGACGUGCUGGAGGACUCUGGCCUGGAGAAGGUGGAGCCGCAGAGCCUGGCCCAGCUGUUCAACGAGACAGAGGGCCAAGAGGGUCCAAGCCAGACGGAAGGUGGGUUCCGGUGCCCUGACUUCCUCCAGUUGGAUCUGGAGUCUUCUAAAGAGAGUGACAUCAUCAUUUACACCCUGGAGCCAGAGGCCCUCCCCGAGAAGAGUGAGUACCACAUGAAGGACGUGGACAUCCCCCCCUCUCAGCGGGGCAACGGGUAUCUGCGAGUGGGCUCUGUUCUGAAGGGGGACCUGGACAGCCGCGUGCAGGAGCUCCAGCCUGAAGGUGGGGACUCGCUGGAGUCCGAGGCUGAAACGGAGGCGGAGCCCGCUGACCUGGAAGGCAGCUUCAAAGCCAUUCACUCCUCACCCCCCCAGCCCAAGGCCGAGAAGAGCCCCCUGGAGCUGAUGCCCUUAGUCCCAGAGAGCGCCUUGGAAGUGGAGCUCAUUGGACCCGAGGGGCCCGUGCCCCCCAGCAGCUCUUUGCCGCAGACCCCGGAGCAGGAGAAGUUUCUCAGGCACCACUUUGAAACCCUCACUGAUGCCCAUCCUGAAGAACUGUUUAAUGGUUCCCUGAAGGACAUGGAGGCCCCUGAGGUAGACACGGAAUCUGAGAAACAUUUCUUCCUCAACCCUCGCCUGAGCAUUUCUGCCCAGUUUCUUUCUCGAUUCCAGAAAAGCCCCAGGUUUGCGCACACCUUCCCACCUACGCUGCCCCUUCAGCUAGUGAAGCCGCUGGAGGCCGUGGCCCUUUGCCGGGACGGGCCCGAGGCCCAGAGGAGCUAUGGGGCCGCAGACGCCUCGGAUGGACUCCUUGGUGGGAAGGCAGCCAAGAGCACGGAGACCCCAGCGCCUGCGUCCUGGUGCCCACUGAGUAAGACUUCGACCCCUUUGCCCUCUUUCCUGCCGAGAUCCUCCCUGCCCUGUUGUAAGGCCCUGCUCCCAUUGGGCUCUGGCGUCACUGGCAUGGGGCCGGGCCCACCCUCGGAGGCUCUUGUGGGCCCCUCCCUGGAGGAAGAGAGGGCAAGAAAAUCGAAGCAGUCGCCUCCACUCCCCUGCACCCUGGCCCGGGGCGGCCGAGAGCCCCAGGCCUGCUCCUACCUGGAGUCCACCACGAGCUCCCGAGCCAAGAUGUCCCGAAGCGUCUCGCUUGGAGAAAACCUCACCCCGACCCUGACAGAACCCCCCCGACCCCCGUAUGGCUUGAGGCGGCCUCUGUCCAUGGGAGAACUCCCGACGUUGGGGCAGGACGGUCAGCCGAGCCCGGCCAGAGAGCCGAGCGGCCCGGAGCGGGGCCCGGACCUGCCCCUGUGGGGUAACCACGAAGCCCGAGCCAGCCUGAGACUGGACCUGCCCAAUGUCUGUGACCCGCUCCGGAUGCCUCCCCGCUCCCCGCCCCCUGCUCCCGCCCCAGCCCCGAGGCCUCCGGAGGUAGGCCCGGGGAGAGGCUGGCUCAAGGGUUCCCUGGCCACCGUGGAGACCGCCCCCGCGGCGUUCCUGGCCAGCGACUCUCCCGAGAUGAAGGCCCUGGGCCUCUAUGGGCCUGGCUACCUCCAGAGGCUGUCGGGAGCCAAGCCGCCAGUUCAGGCCCUCCCCGAGGGCCCGGCAGCCACAGACUCUGUGGGGCCCAGGGGCAUCGCUUCUGAAACCCCCCUCUUGGAACCUCCCUCUGUCCCCCAGCUCAGCAUGAGGAAUGUGGAGAGCGUCACGCAAAAGCUGCAGCGCAGCUUCCAGGAGGCCCUGGACCUUUACAAGAUGGUGGUUUCCAGCCCUCAGAUGAGUGGAGAACAACAGCAAGUUCGGGCAGAAUUGUCAUCUACCUUCCUGUGGAUCCAGGGCCAGCUGGAGGCCAUGACCUGGCUUGGGGGGGAGGAGGUGGCCCAACCCCCAUCCCUGCCCUUGUCUCCAGCCCCUUCCCCAGCACAAGGUCUAGCUCUGGCCCCGGCCCCGACCCCGAACUGGGCCCUUUCCCCUUCCCCUGCCACAAGCCCAGCCCCAGGCCUUCCGUCCCCUCUCCUGUGGUCCUUGCCCAGCUCUGAGGUCCGGGCCCUGUUGGAACACUACUCAGAGCUGUUGGUGCAGGCGGUCCGAAGAAAGGCGGGUGGCAGGGAGUUAAGGGCGGGCCAGGGAAGCAGGACGUGAGCCGCCUCUUAGCACUACUACCCCUUCGGGGGGUCAAGAGCCAUAACACUGACAUGACAACCUCUUCCUUCUCUGCUCUGCUGCUUUUAAGAAAAUGUCUAUUUUUUGGAAAAUAAACAACUUUGAUGUGA